AUGGCAUUUUUUCAAGACGUUGAAAGUUUUAAAACAUUUGUUCAUUUAAAUAACAUUACUAUAUCAGAGAUAAGAGUUAUACAGCAAUAUUAUAAACAAAAUCAACAUUAUGAAUGUCCAGUUAUAGUUAUUGCUUUAUUUGCCGUUGCAUAUGGACUUGUUUCAAUCAUCGCCGUCGUUGGCAAUUCGAUGGUUUUAUUUGUUGUCAAAUCGAGGAAACGAAUGCAAUCUGUCACAAACAUAUUUAUUGCAAACCUUGCUUUUUCCGAUGUACUUCUUGGAAUGUUUUCGACGCCAUUUCAUUUUCAGUCAGCUUUGUUGCAGCGUUGGUUUGUUGCCGAUUUUAUGUGUAAAGUCGCGCCAUUUGUAAAAAGUGUGUCUGUAAAUGUGAGUGUAUGUUCAUUAACACUGAUUGCUAUUGACAGGUGCGUGGCAGUUUUGUUGCCAUUAAAGGCUAGGUUUGCAAACAAAGUUGCUAUUUUGAUUUUAAUUGGCGUGUGGCUAAUUUCCAUCGGAUCUGCGUUGCCAGAGGCAAUUUAUUAUGAGAUCGAAAACCGGUUUAUGCUUGAAGAUUUAACAGACGGCAAGGUUUGCUUACCAGUUUGGCCUACAUAUAAGUUUAAUAUAUCCUACUCAAUUGUACAGCUUUUGAUGCAGUAUGUUAUCCCUUUAUCCGUCAUUUCAUUUUCGUACAUUCGUAUAACACAGCGCUUAUGGCAAAGCACAUUUCCUGGAAUUAAAUCCGGACUUCAUAGGGAUAACAGAAGGCGCAAAAAUAUGAAGAAGAUAACGCUCCAGAAACAAACUUUUAAAGUUGUGAAGAUGUUAAUUAUCGUUGUUUGUCUGUUUGCCUUUUGUUGGUUGCCUUUACAGACCUACAACAUUGUGUACGUGUUCUGGGCUGACACGAUGAAUCGAUUUAAGUAUAUUAACAUCGUUUGGUUAUGUUCCUACUGGUUGGCUAUGAGCAGUGCAUGCUAUAAUCCGUUUAUAUAUGGACUUUUAAAUGAAAAUUUCAAGAAUGAAUACAAGGUUAUCAUGAAAUCAUGCUGCAGAUGGACAACGAACUCCGACAUGUUAGACAUGAGAACACAAACACGAUUUACUCGAAGUACCACUGCGGUCAAGCAGACAAGCUUGCAAUGA